AUGUCGCGCAAGGGCGUCGGCCUCGCGGCCUUCGACCGCUCCCGCAUCACGUCGGCGCAAUACGCAUCCCACGGCUCCAACCUCCGCACCACCAACUCCCAAGCCCUCGAGACCCAGCUCUCCGUCUUCCGCUCCCUCCUCCAACAAUUCGCGCAGACCCACGCAAAAGACAUCCGCUCAAAUCCGUCCUUCCGCGCCCAGUUCGCCCGCAUGUGUUCCGCCAUCGGCGUCGACCCGCUCGCGUCCUCUUCAUCGUCCUCGGGCGGGCUGCUCGGCCGCUCGGUCAACGACUUCUACUUUGAGCUGGCGGUGCGCGUUGUGGAGGUCUGCAGCGCGACGCGCGACGAGAACGGCGGGUUGAUCGGCGUACGCGAGGUUCGGGAGCGCAUCAUGAAGGGUCGCAUGGAGGGCGCGAGCGAGGUGACGGAGGACGAUGUGCUGAGAGCCGUUGGUACCUUGAAGCCGUUGGGUAGCUCGCAUAGUGUCAUCAAGGUCGGAAGCAAGUCGUACAUCCGGAGUGUACCCAAGGAGCUCAACACGGAUCAGAGCGCGGUGUUGGAGGCCGUGCAAGUGCUGGGAUAUGUGAGCAUCUCGAUGCUAAUGGUUAAUCUUCGAUGGCCGAGGGCACGAGCCCAGACUGCCUUGGAGGAUCUUCUUGGCGAGGGUAUGUUGUGGGUGGACAGGCAGUGUCCCGAAUGGGAGUACUGGAGCCCUGGCUUCAUGGUCGACACUGGCGAGGCGACGGCAGGGGAGUGA